GUUCCCACAGUUUGACGUCGACGUGAACCAGGAAGUGAGCGGGUUGUUGUGAGUUGUCUCUGUGACGACAGCCGGAAGCAGGAAGUGAGAGUGUCGGUCGUGUCUCCGGUUCUCUGGCUCCGUGUCUCCGGUCCUUCGGCUCUGAUGUUGGGAUCCACGGGCCCGGGUCGGCCCGGUUCGGGGCUCCGGUCCCCGGUGCUGCUGCUGCUGCUGCUGGCGGGGGCGAGCGGGCCGGUGGGUGCCGUGUCCGAACCCGGAAGAUGGACCCUGAACGUGGACAGCGAAACUUUGAAUAAGCAGAAUUAUUUCUUCUUCACCAAAACUCUGUUCAACAGCAGCUUCAUCCGGCUGAAAUGGUUGGCGGAGACGUGUAACGCCUCGUCUCAGGUCAAACUGGACGUGUCCUGGUAUCUGAGAAGCUCUCGCUGCCACGAUGAGGUCAUCAGCCUGAACGCGACACUCGCUGAGUCUUACUUCGGGUCCACGAAGGUCCUGGCCGAAGGAGGAAGCGGCUUCUACGUUUCCCACGAGUAUCCUGCCGUCCUCUGUGAACCACACAUCAAACCUGACAUGUUCACCCUUGAGACCUUCGAUGUGAAAACCCGUCUCACAGAACCUCCGCAGAAACAGCCAGUCACAGAGAAGGUGCCUGACACGAGGAAGAGGAGGAGGAGGGAUGUGGAGCAGCCGCCAAAACCAAAGGCUGCUGAACCACAGAAGGAAGUUGCUUCAGUGAAAACAGGAAACGCUGCAGUUGCCUCUAAAGAGGACUCUGCUCACAAUCACUUUGGUGCGGUGGCCGAGAGCUGGGAGGACGGGCCCUACAUGUUCAUCCUGAAGAUCCAAGAAACCAAAGACAAGAGCCAGGAAGCUGCCACCGUGCCCACGCCCUGGAGCAUGCAGCUGCAGAUCAGCAUGAAGGGUCCUCACGAAUAUAUAUCUGCCUCUGAGUGGCCUCUGAUGGUGUUCUACAUGGUGAUGUGUAUUGUGUACGUGCUGCUCGCUGCCUUCUGGUUGGUUCUGUCCGCCUGCUACUGGAGGGAUCUGCUCAGGAUCCAGUUCUGGAUCGGAGGCGUCAUCUUCCUGGGGAUGUUGGAGAAAGCUGUUUAUUACGCAGAGUUCCAGAGCAUCCGAUACGACGGCCUGUCAGUCCACGGGGCCGUGGUGUUUGCCGAGGUUCUCUCUGCUGUGAAGAGGACUCUGGCUCGGGUGCUGGUGAUCAUCGCCAGUCUGGGAUAUGGAAUCGUCAAGCCGCGACUCGGCGCCUUGCUUCACAGAGUCGUCGCUGUGGGUCUGCUCUACCUGAUGUUCUCCAGCGUGGAGGGCGUCCUCCGGGUCAACGCUGAUCGAGGAGACAACACCAGCAGUAGAGUUUUGUGUGACAUCGUGCUGGCCUUCACUGACUCCUGUAUUGUCUGGUGGAUCUUUGUGAGUCUGGCUCAGACCAUGAAGCUGCUGAAGCUGCGGAGGAACGUGGUGAAGCUCUCUCUCUACCGACACUUCACCAACACGCUCAUCUUCGCCGUCAUAGCUUCGGUCAUUUUCCUGAUCUGGACGACGAAGACCUUCCGGACGACGAAGUGUUUGUCUGACUGGAGGGAGCUGUGGAUCGAUGACGCGUUCUGGCGCUUGUUGUUUUCCAUCAUCCUAUUGGUCAUAAUGUUCCUAUGGCGACCGUCAGCCAAUAACCAGAGAUACGCCUUCAGUCCUCUGGUGGAUGAAGAGAGUGAGGAAGAGGAGAACGAGCCGAUGAUGAACGAAGCUUUCGAGGGGAUGAAGAUGAGGGGCGCGAAGAACGAGACCAACGGUUCAGCCAAAGCAAACAAAGCGGAUGAGGAUCUGAAGUGGGUGGAGGACAACAUCCCGUCUUCCAUGGCAGACGUAGCGCUGCCCCCCCUGCUGGACUCUGAUGAGGAAAUCAUGACGACCAAGUUCGAGAUGUCCAAGAUGGAGUGAAGAGGAAGAGGAAGAGAGAUGAAGAGUCUGUUCAACAGACGCAGAAAUAAAUCCCAUUACUGUCGCUGUUGGAGAGAAGGAGGGAAGGAGGGAAGGAGGGAAGGAGGGAAGGAGGGAAGGAGAGAAGGAGGGAAGGAGGAGGACUUGGAGGACGACAGAGGGAACGCAGAGAAGAACGAGUUGUUACGGAGACGCCGACGCUCGGUGGUUCGAUCCCUGGAUGUACGAGCUCUGUGUGGUACGAACAGUGGGAGUCGACCACAGCCACACGGACACUUUUGAUUCUAUCGCCUGUUUGUAUUUAUCUCUCUCUAUGUGUAUAUAUAUAUAUCUAUAACAUCAAAUGUGUCAGAGAUAUAUAUAUAUAUAGGCAGAUUUCCUGUUACUGUUUUUUUUUGUCUUCUCACAGUUUACAUGUCGAGAUUUGAUUUUUAAAAUCUUGUGUCAUUUCACAUUUUCUGUGUUUACUGACAGUGAUUCUGUUUAUUAAGUUAAAAACUGUCGAGUUUCAUUCGUUCAACGUGUAAAAGCUGAAAAUGUGAAUGAACUUAUGAAAAUAGAUUUUUUUUUUUUUGCCUUCGGUUUUGGAUCCGUGUUGUUUUCCGCUGCAGCUUCAGCUCAUUAAAUUCAUUUUUUCACAUUCA